AUGGGUGGAUUUACGGCGAAAAUAUUUGUUUUUUCGACAUUUGUCAUCGUGUUGGGUGCUUUUGCUCCUCUGCCUUCUGCUUCAAAUCAUGCUGAUCAGCUUCAUAUGGAGAAAUUAGAUGAACGCAAAUUCGAAAUAGCCGAGGACAUGUUCUGGAAAGAUGGAGAACCAUUUAGGAUAAUAGGGGGUGACUUGCAUUAUUUUCGGGUGCAUCCUGAGUAUUGGGAAGAUCGACUGAUGAGAGCAAAGGCAUUGGGCCUAAAUACAAUCCAAACUUAUGUGCCGUGGAAUUUGCACGAACCGAAACAAGGCCAUUUCGUGUUUGAGGAUAUUGCAGAUAUACUCUCGUUUAUUGGGCUCUGCAAGAAAUUGAAUUUGUUGGUAAUGUUGCGGGCCGGGCCUUAUAUCUGUGGAGAGUGGGAUUUAGGUGGUUUUCCUGCAUGGUUGCUAGCUGAAGAGCCCGCAAUUCGACUAAGAUCGUCUGACCCUGCCUUUCUUAACAUGGUUGAAAAGUGGUGGGGCAUCUUACUUCCGAAAGUGUCGCCUUUUCUUUACACAAAUGGAGGUCCUAUUAUAAUGGUCCAGGUUGAGAAUGAAUUUGGUUCGUAUGGGGAUGAUAAAGAUUACCUUCAUUAUUUGGUCGAGCUAGCAAAAAGGCACCUAGGAGAUGAUGUGAUAUUAUAUACCACUGAUGGAGCCGUUGACUUCUCUACCGGAGAAGACUCAGUGACCAUAUUCGAGCUGCAGAAAGAGUUUAAUUCACCGGGAAAAUCGCCUCGUCUUUCAAGCGAGUUUUACACCGGUUGGCUCACACAUUGGGGAGAGAACAUUGCAAGUACAGAUGCAAAUUUUACAGCUGCUAACUUAGAAAAGAUUUUUUCAAACAACGGUUCGGCUGUUCUAUACAUGGCGCAUGGUGGGACCAAUUUUGGAUUUUAUAGUGGUGCCAACACUGGAUCGAGCGAGUCGGAUUACAAGGCUGAUCUUACAUCCUAUGACUAUGAUGCACCUAUUAGAGAAUCUGGUGACGUGGACAACGAAAAGUACAAAGCUCUUAGGAGUGUCAUUGCCAAGUAUAGUACCGAGCCUCUCCCUCCUAUUCCUCCCGAUAAUGAAAAGAUAGCUUAUGGACAUAUUAAGCUCGAUCGAGUUUCAUUUUUGUUCAAUACAAUCACUGCAAGAGACCUUAUCGCUGCGGUUGAGUAUGAGAACCCAAUAUCAAUGGAAGCAUUUGGACAGAUGUUUGGUUUAGUGUUGUAUGUGUCUGAUUACACCUCAAAUGACAAUGGUAAUGUGUUACAAAUACCAAAGGUUCAUGAUAGAGCUCAAGUGUUCGUUUAUUGCCCCGAGUAUAGAGGGAAAAGACCCACAUUUGUUAAUGUCAUCACAAGAUGGUCUAAUAGACCUAUCAACCUUCCUUAUUUAAAAUGUGAAUCCAAGUGUAGAUUAUUUAUCUUGGUUGAAAAUAUGGGUCGUUUGAAUUAUGGGCCAUAUAUAUUCGACAGGAAGGGUAUUUUAUCUUCUGUUUAUCUCGAUGAACAACCUCUGUAUAAGUGGAAAACACUUCCGGUUUCUUUUCAAAAACCGAGUCAAGUCAAAAAGGCUGACCCGAUCAUUCCGAAUGAUGAGGUGAAGGAAUUCGUUCAAGCAUCUGCUCGUAAAAAAUUACGAAAUACGAAGCUUAGUAUCGAGCCGGCAUUUUAUUCUGGUCAAUUUGAAGUUGAUAAAGUGGGAGAUACGUACUUAUCAUUCGGAGGUUGGAGUAAAGGAGUUGCAUUCGUGAAUGAUGUAAAUGUUGGUCGUUUUUGGCCGUCUGUUGGGCCACAAUGCAGCCUUUAUGUUCCUGCUCCAAUCCUCCGGCAAGGAAAUAAUACCUUGGUCAUCCUAGAGCUAGAAACAGCAAGCCCUGAUCUCUUCGUGAGGUCGGUUGAAAAUGCAGACUUCAGCUGCGCUCCAAGAAGUUCAGAACUUGGUCCCGAGACUGCAGCAGUUGCAGCAGCAGUAACUGCAGCUGCAGCAGCUCCGAGCUUUACUCCACCGGCAGCUUUCAUUGCCCCUCCAAUUUUAGCAAAGGCGGCAAUUCCUCCCACGAGCAUAGCCCUUAAUGCGACCGUUGGUUUUAUUGACAUAAUUUAA